AAAUACUUCAAUUAUUAAAUGUACUUGUAAUUAAUGACACAUUUAAGUACCGUAUUUUUGGGACUAUAAGUCGCAGUUUUUUUCAUAGUUUGGCCGGGCUCCAGUGCGACUUAUACAUGUAUAUGUUUUUUUCCUUCUUUAUUAUGCAUUUUCGGCAGGUGCGACUUAUAUUCCGAAAAAUACGGUAAUUAUUGUUUUAUGUAUGUAUUUAAUCUUGUCCAAUUCGACCUCCAUAAUAAAAGCCCAACGUCGAGUUGUUCAUUUCUUUUUCUGGUUCUUUUGUUUAAACAGUGUGCCGCAUCCUACGCUAUUAUCAUGACAACCCGCAUCCAGCAGCUGGCUCAACCCAAACCCGACCGACUUCGAUAUCCUGACCGUCGUUCUGUCCACUGGCUGGACAAAUCUCCCUCGCAGAGAAGCAAACUUCCCACUGAGAAUGAGUUAACACCUCGCUGGGCUGAACUGUGCAGGAGUAAAACAUUCCAGACUCAACUCUUGCGUUCCCCAAUGUGGAAAGUGAGUGAAUCAGCUCUCAGGGCCGUAGCGUCGGAGCGGGUGUGUCGUCUUGCCCAGCCCCGGGGCCCCCCGCCUUCUUGGCAGCCGGCCUUACCACUGCCUACCCCUCUGAGGAAGGCAACUCAGACGGCAGUCGCCACUCCUCGGAUUUGCCAGCUCGCCCGACCUAAGACGAGGCCCCUUGUUGCGGGUCACGGAUGCCAACUCGGUACCCCCAAGAUACCCCGGAAAGCUACAGCGCGCACAGAGCUUCUUGCCACCCCCAAGCAAGAACACCCUAAACACGAAGGUGGGCGUCCAGUGUGCUGGCCCGUGUCCCGAGCGGCCAGAACCUAUGUACCCAGUCAAAGACUUGUGGCGCUGUCCAGUCCCAAGCAAAGAAAGUCUCUCUUUGAGGGCUACAAGCAGUAUGGGGUUAGCUCUGCAGACCCCUCACCUCUGAGACAGCACCUCUGACAAUAAGUAUGUGUUCUUGUUGUGGUAACCUAUUUAUUAUUGUCCUAUCCAAAUCGAGGUGCAGGUGUAUCCCUGAAAGUCAUUUUUAUUAACAUAAAACUGUAUUGUUAAGAGUGCACAACACAUUUAAAAUGAUUAAUAUUCCAAAAACACAGAAGGAAUGUUACAUAUUUAUCAAAUAAACAAC